AUAAUAUUUUGCGGUGCCUUUUAAUUUUUAAAACUGUCAUCAGGUCAGGUACUUAAGAGAGGUUCAUCACCUCAGGGCAGAUUCUGUGUGAUACGACACGGGCGGUUUUGGGAACGUCGGAAAGACACUGAAGAAGUCUCAUUUCUGGACAUCUAAAAGCUGAAUCUUUAUCUCCUGCUGGCAGCUCAUCUACAGUCAGCAUUCGUACAUUCUGGACCUGUUACCAUUGGACUGGCACCGCUGACCGUUUCACCCCCUGUGGAUACUUCUCCAGACCGCAAAGGAUUUGCGCAAUUUCUGAGACAGGACGAAAUUAUUUCUGAUUUACUUUGCUCGGAUGAGUUUUCUGUUUGCUUUGCUUUUGAGUCGUUUCCGUGCUGUAAAAUCACAUCCCGAAUUAGAUAAAUAACAGUUCAGCAAUGAUUGUUCGCGUGUUUGCGUCUUAAUGCAAUUUGUAUGUGUUAUAUGAAAUGCGUAAAAAGGAAAACGCCGCGUGUCCUAAAUUUUCCUCGGAUUAACUCUCUCCGCGUGCCGACCACAUUCCCGUGACAAUCUAUGGAAGUAAGGCAGCUCGCAUUGAAGUUGAAUUAAGGCGGGCGCUGGGAUUAUCUUCUGCAGGACGGAGUGAGGAUGCAGUCGGGGAUGCGAGCGCUCUGUGCCGGCGGAGGCGCGUCUCUCUGCUGCCUUCUUAUGUUAUGGAUAAUCUACACCCACCUCCUUAAGGAAGGUCAGUUGCCAGUAGGCACGUGUGAGAUUGUGAUGUUGAAUAGAGACAGCAGUCAACCCAAGCGCACCAUCGCCAGGCAGACGGCCCGCUGCGCCUGCCGUAGAGGACAGAUCGCUGGCACUACAAGGGCCCGACCAGCGUGCGUGGAUGCUCGGAUAGUGAAAAGCAAGCAGUGGUGCGAAAUGACUCCGUGUUCAGAAGGCGAGAUUUGCGGGCUUCUCUUCAAUCGCUCUGGUUGGACCUGCACCAAAGGCGGCGGCCGAAUUAAAACCGUCACGCCUUUGCCCAAGGAGCCUUCUUAAAGGACUCCAGAUCGCCGCGAGGAGGCUUUCUGACAUUCACAGGAACAUCGCCAAACCGGAAUCAUCCAUCAGCCCCACGUUCGUGCCCAUCCUCUCAUUUCGGCUCUACAGAAAUCAGCUGCAUCCCCCCCAUCAUCCCCAAACUGGAAAAGGAACCGUCAGUCAAGCAUCCCAACGGUUACAAGCGGGUCAAGAAGUGACCCCCACCACCUCUUAACCGCAGCGGUUUUCUUAGCAUCAUCCAUCUCAGCUGUUUACGUUCUGAGCUUGAGGUCUUUUAGCCAGAAGAAUAUUUCGCUUGCUUUCAGAGAAGACUGCUCGUGCACUGAAACAAACAUUACACGUUCCUCACAUAGAGGCCGUUGCAUCUUGUAGCUGGACCUUGUGGGAGUUAUUCGCGCUCGCCACCUGCGAGCAAGGACACGUGUGUUGCAGAAGGACCAAGGACAUAUAGAGACAAAUCCACACAGAUGUUCGGGACUCGCUGCAAGGAUAGCACGUUCCCCCUUUGUCAUGAGUAUGAAUAGUUACACAUUCGCUUGAUAAAUUGAGAACUGGGCCAAAGCACUGUAGAUAUGACCUUGGUGUCAUUCGCUUCUGUGGCCGUAUGGAUUCUGUGUGGUAAGAAUGGCGAUGCACUGAAGCUGUCAAAUCUCAUCAUGGGUGAUUUGAAGAUUUGCAAACUCUGUCUGGAACUCAUCUGUCUUUUCUCUCUGGGGCCUCUCUUUCACUCUCUGCUUUAAAUGUCUGUCUCUAAUGGAUAUAUCAUUUCUACUGUAUGAAUACUUUAUUUGGACUGUAAAUUGACACUUGCGAUGGAGUAUUGACCUAGAUAGAAAAUAAAGGGUUGUGUCCAUGUAAAUGUG